AUCUGAGCAACAGCGACCCCUUGUUUGUGUGUGGAAAAGCGACAGGAGGUAAUGAGGAAUACUCCGCGGCUAACGAUAGCAAGAUACACAAAUAAGGAUUUAAUUCACUUUCGCUCUUCACUGACACUCUGGGAGUCUACCAAAAGCUGCAGGAGGACACAAUAUCGGCUAAACCCUCUGUUUUCCUGCUACAUUCCCACCGAGGCGAGAACGAGAGACUCCCGCUAAUCCGAGAAGAGGGGAAGCGGCCUGCUUUUGUAGCCGGCUUCUCGGUGCAGCUCAGGCGGCUAGCACUGUCACCAGAGCCCGGUGCUUCCGCUGGUUUGUUUUUCUUUACACCCACAAAAGCAUCGGAGCUGUGAAAUUAUUUUUGUUUUAAUAACCACAACCUCUCCAUCGCCUAUUUCCCUUCAUAUCGGCGCGCUGCUGUCGGUAUUUGUCGCCCAAGAGGACCAUUUGAAGCCGGGGCGGCCUGUUUUGUUUUCGAGCCGCCUUGAAUAUCCUCGAACAAUAACACAACCAUAACGAGCCUGCUGGGGCUGCACUGCCCAGCCAAAAAGGAGCCACGGAAGCCUCUGUCUGAGAUAAUAAAUGCAUUGUGUGACACCAGCUUUGGACCGCGGUGAAGACCCGGGACGAGUAUGCAUGUGGACUAUGGAAUUAUCGAGGAGAAACCACUGCAAACCGGAGCACUUUGUCACGAAAGCCCCUGUUUGAAUUUCGGAGUUUUUGCUGCUUGCUAACCAGCUGCAAGAAACGUUAUUAAAAGGCCACUGACGGAAGAAUGAGCGCCACACUAUGCUUUGUCUAAUCAUAACUCACGGACUGCAUGUAAACAACCCGAACCGACUUGGAUGAACCGAUUGUUUAUAUACAUGCCCGGUCUGCUUGUGAGUGCACUUAUAGUCUUUCCAAAAGCAGCAGUACUCUCAGAGCUGGGACAUCACAUUGAGGAUGGAUCGGAUGUGAUUUGGGAUGAGUAACCUCGAUUGCUCCCUGCGCAGACUGCUAUAUAUGUGGGAUUUAUCGACGGGGAACUGAAGCCGUUAUAUCCAUCUAUGCUCUCUUCAAAGCCACCAGACUCCAUUGACAAAAACAGUAAUUUUAGCGGACAGAUAACGAGACUUGCUCGUCUACCGUUGCCUCGAUCGGUUAGUUUGUUUGUGUUAUUGUGUGGCUUUGGUGUUUUAACGUAUUAAUACAUCUUAACGGACCGGACCGGACUGGAGCCCCGGGACAGGCUGCUGAGAUGAACCCGGUGAAUGCGACUUCUCUCUACGUGUCCGCGAGCCGUUCAGUGCUGCAGUGCGACCCCCGAGACCCCCGGGCCCUCGCGGAGCUUUGCAAGCUGCUGCCGUUUUUCCGCCAGUCCCUGUCCUGCUUGGUCUGCAGUAAUCUUCUGCAGGACCCCAUCGCUCCCACAGACUCGUCAUGUCAGCAUUACGUCUGUCGAGGCUGUAAGGGUCAGAGGAUGCAGCUGAAGCCGUCCUGUAGUUGGUGUAAGGACUAUUCCCGCUUUGAGGAAAACAGGCAGCUCUCCUUGCUUGUCCACUGUUACAGGAAACUCUGUCUCUACAUCACGCAGUCGCCGCUUGCCCCGCACAUAGCCAGCGCCGCCAGCGACUCGCCAGACCUCCAGGCCAUCCUCAACGAGGGCCUCACGUUGGCUGAGAGCGAGCCAGAGGCCGAGGACGUUUCCGAUUCGGCCGGCCUGUCACAGACGGCCUCCAACUCCGAUGGGGUCCAGCCGAACGAAGCUCCACUUACCAAGGAGCUCAAGGUGGAGGAGCCGAGCCCUGUCGGUGUAAACGGGCUGCACGAUUGUAACGGUCUGCUCAGUUCGGACUCUCUGCAAUCCAUCACCAUAGAAACAGGUGAAGGUGUUGCAAAGCAGGAGAGCUUUUCGGAGGAGAUCCCAGUGUGUGUGAGCCUCACGGGGGAGGCGGGGCUCUGUGACAUCAGCACUUUGGGGGAUGACCUGAAACAUGGCGGGGGGCCAUUGUUGUUGAGUGUUGAGGAGGUGCUCAGGACUCUGGAGACGGACACUAACCCCGAUCCCUCCCCCCAGCCGGACUGCCCCCCCUCUGUACCUCAGUCCAGCCUCAAUGGGCCUCACUGUCCUGGCUCUGACUCCUCCCACUUUAUCUCCUCCCUCCCCCGAGGGAACAGCCCUCGCCCCCUCCAACCUCACCCGCAGCCCUCACUGCAGCCUCCUCCUCAGCCCUCCACAGUCAUCCCCCAUGUUGCCCCUCGGUACCACCGUAAGCGCUCCCGCUCAGAAAGCGACAGCGAGAAGGUACAGCCCCUCCCCAUCUCCAGCCUUUUAUGCGGGCCUCCCCUCGGUGCCAACAGUUCCCCCCAUCACCCUAACCCCGGUGCCACCACCAAACAGGAGCCUAAGUUCCCUGCAGCCACGCCCCACCCACACCUGGCGCCGGUGCCAAAUGGUGGUCCCCCCAAAGUGGGCAAGACUGUGCUCAUCACCAACAAGGGGCUGAAGAAGACUGUGGAGCACCACGGGGGCCCCAAGAAGGCUUACACCAAAGCCAGGCAAGGGACCCCCAAGCCCCGCACACAACCCCGUGACAGAGUGCCCCCACACCCCCAUGCUCACCCCCUGACACACCCACCCAGCCCCUCAAAGCCACUGUAUAAAAAACCUGUAGAGAAGAAGGGCUGCAAGUGCGGCCGGGCCACACAGAACCCCUCGGUGUUGACCUGUAGGGGGCAACGCUGCCCCUGCUACUCCAACCGCAAGGCGUGUCUGGACUGUAUCUGCCGCGGCUGCCAGAACUCCUACAUGGCCAACGGAGAGAAGAAGCUGGAGGCCUUCGCCGUGCCGGAGAAAGCUCUGGAACAGACUCGUCUCACGCUUGGCAUCAACCUCACCAGUAUCACCGCGGCGGCCCUCCGUAGCCCGGCCACCAGCUCCCCCAACACCCUCCUCAACGUCACCACGGCUACAGGGGCACCCGUCACAGCCACCUUCUUAUCGGGGGCGGGGCACGACAACAGGGGCUUUGACGAUUCACUGGAGAUGCGGUUUGACUGCUGAGGUCUCGCCCCCUACUCCGGUCAGCCGUUACGCACAUUCCCCGCCCGCCAGCUGGGCGUUAUCCAGCUGGGCGUGCCAGGGACCUGCGGUGUCGGAGCCAGAACAAGGCAGCUACAGUGACAGGCGAUAGCGAGGGUCACCAGCGGAAGCUGGGGAGUCGCCCUCCGUCCAUCGCCCGAAACUGCACCAUGCUUGUGGUCUUGCAUACAGACACAGUGUGGAAGAGAAGGAGAAAGAGGAGAUGUAGCGUUACUGUAUGUGCAGAGAUUUCCUUUCAGUGGGGAUACUUUCUUUUUUUGUUUUCUUCUCUACUAUGGGUAAAACGUAGAGCAUGUUGUGUAGCUAAGUUGGGAGUGUUGAUUGCAGUUGUGUGUGUGCGUGUGCGUGCGCGUGCGCGUGUGCGUGCGCGC